UUAAGGGUUUAUCUUAGCUGCACAUAUAGAGAUUAUAACGAACACGCUUUACUUAUAUAUUUCAGCUAAAAUGUCAGCAUAUUUUUUCCAAUAACUAUCCGGUUACAUUAUUAUAAAUUUGUACAUCAUGCUCAAACGUGUGUUGCUCAUCUGUUUCUUUAUACUACUUCUGAAUGAAGCAUCUGCGCAGGAAGUAGUUCAGGGUUUUAUUGGAGGUGCUGCAGUUUUGCCGUGCCAUCCUGGGAACAGAAAACUUGUAGUCAUCACUGCACACUGGAGAUAUGACGACAGGAAGAAUGUUUACGAUAUACUAAAUGGCCAAGGGAUGACUACGGAGCAGGACCCAGAGUACAAGGGCAGAACUGUAACGUUCCCUGCAGAGUAUUCGAAAGGAAACUUCUCCCUCAAGCUUGGGAAUCUUCAGAAAAGUGAUGAAGGGUCGUACUGCUGCUUCAUCCCUGAGUUUAAUCUCAAUGAAUGCGUAAAUCUUCAAGUCAAAGAGAAACCAAGUGGAAUCCAAAAGCCAGGUUCUAAUGGUGGAGUUGAAACCACAGCAUGGAGGAUUGUACCUCUGUUAAUUCCUCUCUUCUCUACAUUAUUACUAUUUUCAGUGCUGACCACACAAAUUACUAACUACACUAAUUGUAACUACACUAAUUAUAACUACCUAUAA